GUGUAUCACGUGACCUGUUGGUUCCUGCAAACAAUGGGUUGGCGGGCAGACGGCUUUGCGAUUAGUCUAGUGUGCGUACGAAACUUUAAAAUGUCCCAAAGUAAACGUGUGCGCAAGGCUAACUUCAGCGAGUCUGAAGUUUUAAUAUUGCUGAACGAGAUCUCCCACAAACACUGCAUUUUAUUUGGUAACGAAACUGUGAGUCAACAACGAAAAAAUGAAAUUUGGAAUGGCAUCACGCAAAAGGUGAAUCUCUGUGGGGUAGCACAGAGAAAACCCAACGAAUGCAGGGAUAAAUGGAGAGCCAUGAGAGGUGCUGUCUCGAACAAGCUGCGAGCUAACAAGAAAACUGUUGGAGGACAACCUCCACCGCCUGCACCGUACGAAGACUUGAUAUUGAAGAUUAUUGGUAACAAAGCCAACGUGAUAAAUGAAAUAAAUGUUAAAAGUGAAAAUCCCACCUGUGGAAGUCAACUUGACUUUGACAGUCAAGUUGUCUUUGAUGCUCAGCAAGGGUACUCACAGUGGUCUGGUGAAUCAAAUGGCUCAAGACUCUACCCUAAUUCCUGCCAUCAGUUGCCAGUAGCUACCCUGCCACGUCUACCAGACGAUACUGCGGUUGUUUGCACAGAAGUUAACCAUCAUAAUGGAAGUGUGGACACCUUACUGGAUGCUGAUUUAUCCACAUCUCAACAACCAGUAUCUGGGCACUCACAGUGGGCAUCACCAUCAUGUGAAGAAAAACUAAGCACGGGUGAAAAGAGGAAAAAAUCUUGUCUUGAGAAAUUGUCAUGGAGUGAAAAAGAAAAAUGGCUGGGUGACUUAUCACUCAUUCAAGUUUUGAAGAACCAUCAUGACUUAGUGGAGGAAUGGCUUCUGAGUGAAAUUAGUAAAAACAAUGCACUUGAAGCUCUUUCCAAGAAAAAAGAAAGAAAAAUUGAUUUAGAAAUCAGGAAACUGGAGUUGGAGCUGGGCAUUUUAGGUGAGAGUUCUGUGUCUACACAACCAGAAAAAUGAUUUGUUUUGUUAUCUGUCUGAAGAAUUCUUAUUCAAGAUAUUUUUUUACCUGUGUUGGUUCAGGUAAAAGCCUCUUCUACUGCAGAACUCUGAUAGUUUGAGGUUUUUAUUUGUUAAAAGACACUCGAAAAAUGUUAGGUUCUCUUGGAUGUAGGUCAAUCAGAAAUUUUUUUUAAUAUUUUAAGAAAAAGAUAAUAUUCAUGAUUUCCUGAUUCAUGAUUUCCUGAAAAAACAGCAGUGAAAUUAGUUUUAUUUGCAAGCAAAGAUCUGUGUAAAAACUGCAGUCUGAACGUUAUUGGGGAUGAACACCACUCUACUUUUUUGUGACUUUUUAAAAGCAGACAGAUGGGAAUUAGUUUCCAAUAUCUAUUGGAAUAAUCCAAACUAAUACAAGUUUCAUUAUUCUGUAUUAGUAAAAAAGGAUGUUUUAAUGAACCUCUUAAAAUUUGUAAGAAUGACAAAGGCCAGCUUCACCACAUAUUCUGUACCUAUCUUUAUUGCAUUACUGUGAAUAUUACCAUUUGCCCUAAAUUCCCCUGAGAGGGUUAUGAAUAAACUUUUGGACUUUA